AACCCGCAGCCCUGGACAGCAACAUCACUCCCACACACUGAGGCCCAAAAUGAAGACUUCUGUAGCUGUUCUUGCUCUAUUGGCGAUCGUAUUGGCAGCUCCUACUUCGGCAGUCAGUAGAUCCAAAGUAUUGUCAAGAAAACAUGAAAAGCUUUAAGUUAUUCUUCUCCAUUAGUGCAAUAGACCAGAGCCUCAAGGUGUGUGAAUUGUGGCAGUCGAGCUUCUCGUUACCACUUCCUUCCUUUUCCUUGUGGAGUAUAAAGAGCUACUGCGAAUCGGUCAAUAAAGGCUUCGAAUUUUUCCUGAACACGUUUGAUCCUCUCACCGAUCUGACCUGCAAGUACUUCAAAGAUAUUUGCGUUAACUGUUCGGAUUCAGUCGUUAUUUCCUCAAAUGCCACAGCCAUCACGGGUGUAAACGGAACAGCGACUUCGGGCUGAGGGAAUCGAAUGGAUCUCCUUCUUACUUCUAUCCUAUGUACUUACUUUUCUAUCUAAUCAAUAUCCGACGGCAUGCCAAAAAAUAAACCAACCUUAUAGAAUCAAUAGA